AUGUCUGACGGACGAUAUACCGACAGUAGUAUGGGCCACCAGCCCUACCUGAUGAAUCCCGAAACGACGUCGCAGAUGUACGAUGGCACAUCCAGCGAUUCCUCCGCAAGCUCGCCUAUGAACUGCAGCGGCUUCGAGAGCUGCCUGUACGGUCCUGCAAGCACCGGCUACAUGGCCAUAGCCUACCCCACCUUCCCCGUGCAAUAUCCAAAUUCCAUAGGCGGCGGGAAUAGCAUCAUGACGCCAAUGGGACUGGGCCAGCUCAUUCCAGUCGAGCUCGACAUGGCCAUAGAGGGACUCUACGAGGACCACGAUCGCAGGCGGAAGAGGAACGACGGGACGGGGAAGACCGUCUCCUCGCAUGUGCAUUCGCGCCGCCGAGCCCAAAACCGCGCCUCGCAACGAGCAUUCCGAGACCGGAAGGAGAAGCACAUGCGCGAACUCGAGCAGCGCCUCGGCGAGCUGGAAGGCCGGCACAGCGACCUCGCGCGCUCUUACGCAUCGCUGCAGCUUGAGUACGCGAACGUGAAGCAGGAGCUGGACAUGAUGCGCCAGGACGGCGGCGGCGGCGGCGGCGGGGGUAGUCCCGAGCACGGGAGCUGCAGGAAGCAGCCAAGCAGGAAGUGGGAUGAGAAGGAGGAGGCGCAGGCGGACAUGUUGGAUCCGCUGCAGUUUGACGUUUCGGCCUUUUGCUUCGAUCAAGAGGACGAUGGUGGGCAAAAGGAUUGA